GGAAGAGCCUGUCAAUCAAAACAGUAAGACGUCAGUUGAUGAGUGCAGCAAAUUGAUCAUUUCUUUCAAAAAAUGGAUAUUGAAAAUAAGACAGAGAAGAAGCCCUACAGAGAGAAGCUCAACAAGGACGCUAGAGACCGAUAUUUGGUAAAGCUGACCUCUAUUAGUAAUGUAGAUCCAUAUGAGCUAGCAGCUAACGCAUGGACAAGCGAUCCCGCCCUGUUUCCCCCAACAACAAAUAUGGACAUCAUUUGCUAUCUUGUUCAUGGUGUCAGUGCUUAUACAUUUGAAGAAUUCCGAAACUAUAAAUCCCUCGAGGCUCAUGGACUUUUUACCAACGGCUGGGUACAAGAUUUAUAUUCAUUUCAACCUGAUGGAUGCACUAACACUGUCAUCACAGCAAAGGUUUUGCACUCCCAACGCCUGCGAGAAGCACCUCUCAAACCCUGGGCUAUCCUAGAAUCAUCAGGGGCCAUAUCCUCCGCUCACUGUACCUGUAUGGCGGGAAUAGGAGAAUCCUGUACACAUGUUGCAGCAAUGCUGUUCAAGUUGGAGGCGGUUGUGAGAUGCAGAGAGACAGUGACAGUGACCGGCAAACCUGCAUACUGGAUGAUACCAGGAAAUCUUUCAAAAGUAGAACCACAACCAGGAUACAGAAUCGAUUUCACAAGUUCAAAAGCAAAGAGAAAGGCUCUGAACAGACUCUUGGAAGGAAAAACUGUAGAUCCAUCUUCUAUCAGGACAACACGAACAAAGGCAACAGGUUCUGUGUCAAAGGAGCAGUUGGACUCAUUUUUUAGAGCAAUUAACAAAGCAUCACCUCAAGCUGCUGUGCUAUCCUGUUUGCCUGAAUAUUGUGACGCAUUUAUUGAUCCAGUUCAAUCACUCACUGUACCACGUUCCCUUCAGUCUCUUCGUGAUGUGACAAUGGAGGGCAAGGAGAUAUCCAUUUUGCGUGAACACUGUAAAUCACUUGCUGGCAGAAUCUCACUUACAAACGAGCAAGCUGACUACAUAGAAAGUACAACAAGAAAGCAAAACAAAUCUUCAACGUGGCAUCAGUACCGUGCAGGGAGGGUCACAGCAUCAAAUAUGCAUUCUGUUUAUGUCUCAAGUUUAGACAAACCUUCACAGUCUGUUGUUAAUUCAGUAUGCUAUCCUAAAAACACAACAAACAGCUCCAGCGCCAUUGAGUGGGGUAGACAAAAUGAAAACCAUGCCAGGGAAAUGUAUAGACUGCAGUCUAACAGACAUCACUCUGGCUCAGAGGUGACACAGUGUGGUUUUUUUAUUAAUCCAAAGUUUCCAGAGGUUGGGGCCUCACCUGACGGACUUGUGCAGUGCAACUGUUGUGGCAGAGGCUGUAUUGAGAUUAAAUGCUCAUACAAAUACCGUGAUCUUACAGUGAGUGAGGCAUGCAGUAGAUCUGACAGGGACUUCUGUUUGGAAUUACAUGAAGGAGAGAUUCGUCUCAAGCCAGAACACCCCUACUACAAACAAGUUCAAACUCAGAUUUUUGUUACUGAGACUGAGUACUGUGACUUCAUUGUAUGGACAAAGAAAGACUUUGCUGUGGUGCGUGUUGCUCCGGAUGCUGAACUUUGGGCAGCUCUUCUUGAAAAAGCAGAACAAUUUUUUGUGUGUGUGAGUCUCCCAGAACUUGUAAGCUGCCAUUUCACAAAGUUAGACAACAGGCCUGCACCAAGAGAGAUUCCCCUUUCCUCCUGCAAAAAAAAGAAGAAACAAGACACAGCAUCCCAGAAUAAACACAAGCAAAAAUCUGUUGAAAAGUUAUGGUGCACUUGUCGUUGUCCUGAGAGCAAAGAUGACAUGGUUGCUUGUGAUAAUGAGAACUGCAAAACUGUUUGGUUCCAUUUAAGUUGUGUGGGUCUGCAACUUGUACCUGCACAAGAAGAGACAUGGUUUUGUUCGGCAUGCACUAAUAAAAUGUAAGUCAGUGUUGCUGUAAUAAAGAUGGCUU